AUGGAGAGUUCUACUGCUUUUUCACUUUGCAUCAUUCUGCAUGAUGCAGUAAAGGAGUUGAAAAUUUUGGCAAAUGUCGUUGACGUUAUGCGAAAAAAAAAAUGGACUAAAAAUUUAAACUACUCAGAAGCCGAAGAAUUUAUUCUUAAACAAAUGAAUAAGAUACUAAAGAAAUACUCAUUUAAAUACAGUGCAAGUUUACAGAAUAUGCAUGUGGAUAUGCUCAAAGAACUACAGAAAUGUUCUAAAAUUACAGACUGUCCAACGACUGCAUCAGUCAUUGAAGACUCAUUUUUCUCUGAAAAAUAUACGGAAAAAUUACUGAAGGAAAUAUUUUGCUUAACUGAUAUUCUUGAGAAGUUAGCAGAAGAAAUUCAAAAUACGGGAUCAUGUGAUACAUUGCAACAAUCAGUUGAUAAAGAAGAAUCAGAAUUUAGAGAGAUAGAACGUGUCUUAGAAAGAGAACGAAAAGCCCGUGAGAAAAUCAAGGAAGUUAGACAAAAAAUUCACGAAAGAACAGAGGAAGGCAUACAAAUUAUGGAACAAGGCAAAGAAACCGUCGCAUGUUUAAAAGAUCAAGUUCAAGAGAUGAAAGCCAAAAUAAUUAUGGAAGAAAAAUACAUUACUCGUUAUUCGGAAAUCAAAUUAGAAGAAUUCCAAAGUUUUUGUGAUAAAAAAGAAAAUGAAAUCAAACAUCAGAUGGAUUUUGUUCAAUCAAAUCGUGACAAAGAAGACCGAGUUCAUGCAGAGAUUACAUCUUACUUAAAUGAUCGUAUAUCUUACCUAAAAAAGCAUGGAGAAUACUGGAAAGAAAAGUCUGAUAAAGAUAUUUCACAGUUGAAACAAGAGUUAAAUGAACUUAAAGAUAUGAAGGAGGAAAAUCUCAAUAAACUUCAUGAAUUAUUUUCAUUGUAUAAAGAAUAUGAAGCAGUGGUUCUGUCUGAUCGAAUUGAAAAAGAGAAAGCUCGUCAAAAAGAAGAACAAAUAGAGUUGGAACUGCUUGCAGCUUGCAAAAUUCAGAAUUGGUGGCGUACCAUUUGUGUUCAACGUAGUCUCGGUCCUUAUGAGAAAAAGAAGAAAAAAAGAAAAGGAAAAAAGGCAAAAAAAGGAAAAGGAAAAUAG